AAAAAUAAAGUCGAAGUGAAGCAUUCAGGCUUUGUUUGUUGAUUUUCAUUGAUCAAAGAAAAUUAAAACAGAUUGAAAAUCAACGUCCGCCACGCGCAAGUCUAGAGUUGAUCACCCCGAGUAAACAGCAAAGUAGCAAAAUCCCGCCCGCAGGCAAUCGUGAGCUUAAAGAGGCCCAGGUUGAGGUUGUUCAGCCCAGUUCAACGAUCAACGUCAACAGGACGUAUCAACAAGCCCCUCAACAAGGAGGGUGGGUGCAGUGGUGCAGUGGUUGCCGGAGAGCCAGCGAGCUUGGGGUGGCCUCGUCCACAGGCGCCUUGGCACCGAGCGCACCGGGCCCCGGGGCUGCGGUGGUGGGUUGCCUGGUUGGGGUGUACCCGUGUUCUCCCUCCUCCACGGGGCCCAGGGGCCCCCUAAGUCAUCAUCUCCAGGCUAUUCCAAAUCAACAACAGCCGAUCGGCUGCCGUGCCUGUUGCUGCGUGCAUAGCAAUCACCAGCCAGCUUCGGUUCAACUUACCAGUCAACGGGGCGGUCUAUCGCUGAGGGUAGCGAGGGUGGCGUCCACCACCUCCGUCCGAGCCGCCCCCUACGCCCAACCCCAGCACCAGGGGCUGGGGCAGGAGUGCAGGUAAUAAUAAAUCAUUAAACAUAUAUUGUAGCUUCACUUCGACACGUAUAUUACUACUCCUUACUACUACUACUACUACUACUACUACCAUCACUAGUACCACUACCACUACUUCUACCUCUACUACUACCAUUACUACUACCACUAGUGCUACUGCUACGCUUCUACUCUGCUCGUCGUCGUCGUCAGCAGUAUACUUGACAAAAAUAAUAUAAUAAAAGUAACGAUCUAUGCGCGUAGUAGCACGCCGAAAUUAAGAAAAAAAUUUAAAAAAAAAAACACCGUUGAUGGAGUAAAGAAAGUUACCCAAAACAAAAAACGCACGAAAAAGGUGUAGGGAGGAGACGGGGGCAUUGGGUGGAGGUGGUGCGCACAUCCUCGGCAGCCCGAUGCUGUUCGUCCCGUUCACGGUGCCCACCUUCCCUGCGACGCAUCAUCAGACGACUCAUCCUGCGCAUCAGUCACAUCAUCAACAACUGCAGGCCAACACCCAGAAUCCGGUGCAGCAGCCGCAGCAGCUCACGCAGCUGAAUCAGCUGAGUCAUCUGAAUCAUCAGGGCAUCGUGCCGGCGACGACCAACCAGCCGACUGUACACAGCACCAGCUGUUCACCGCAGCAGCAAGCAACGACACCGAAUAAGGAGAUGAAAGUUAACUGGGCGACGUCGCCGGGUAACCAACCAAAGCAGGACACGAGCAAACACUAUCACAUAUUUGUUGGAGAUCUCAGCCCGGAGAUCGAGACACAUACCUUGAGGGAAGCAUUUUCAGCCUUCGGGGAGAUUUCGGAUUGCAGAGUCGUCAGAGAUCCCCAAACUUUAAAAUCCAAGGGAUAUGGGUUCGUUUCGUUCGUCAAAAAAGCGGAAGCAGAAAGCGCCAUCGGUAACAUGAACGGCCAAUGGCUUGGUGGCAGAAGUAUUCGGACAAAUUGGGCCACUCGCAAACCUCCCGCACCAAAAUCCGAAGCGAACGCUAAGCCGCUCACGUUCGAUGAAGUUUACAAUCAAAGUAGUCCGACCAACUGCACGGUAUACUGUGGCGGAUUGACCAAUGGUUUAACAGAAGAACUCAUGCAAAAGACGUUCUCGCCUUUCGGAUCCAUCCAAGAAAUUCGAGUGUUUAAGGAUAAAGGCUAUGCAUUCAUCAGGUUUUCUACCAAGGAGUCGGCUACGCACGCUAUCGUAGCGGUACACAACACAGAUAUCAACGGCCAAACGGUGAAGUGCAGUUGGGGCAAGGAGAGCGGAGAUCCUAAUAAUGCUCAACAAACUGGACAGGCGUUAUCGUCGGCGACGUACCCAUACUACGCGGCGGCGGCAGCUGCCGCCGCGGCGGCGGCGGGCGUCGCGGGUGUCGGAGGCGUCGGUGGCGUCGGCAGUGCUGGACAACUGGGAUACUGGUAUCCACCCCAAUCUUAUCCUACGACAGCGACACAAAUGCAAGCCGGUGGCUUUCUUCAGGGCAUGCAAGGGUACACCUACGGCCAGUUCGCCGGAUAUCAACAGGCGCAAUAUAUGGGAAUGGGCAUGGGUGUCCAUGCUGCUGGCACAGCGGCAGGAUGGGGUCAGGGAUUACCUGGGGGACCACAGUUACCACCACACCACGCCACGACGGUCACGGCACCCCCAGGGGUGCAAGCCGCACCCCCGCCACCACCGCCACCGGCACAAAUGAUGGCCUACCCGAUGCAACAGUUCCAGGCACAGUGAUCGCUACCACUAUCAUCGCACGGCCUGGCUUAUCCUUUCUUUCGAAUAUCAAUUAGCAUCAGGAUAACUGCAUCUACAACCUGGCUCAACCUCGUAUUCAACCUGAAAAUACUUGCCGCAGCGUGUUUUUAUGCAAAAGGAUAAUAUUUCCUACAGCACGAAAAGGAAUGGAAGAAAUCAUCUAGCGGAUGAGGACUGGCUGACGCCUAGCCUUCUAGUGUGAUGGUAAGCAAGUAUACUCCACCAACAGGAACAACUUCUACAGCAACAACAGUUACCACCACCAUCACUUCCUCCUCCACUACUACUACCACCACCAUCACCAACAACAACAACAUUUCCGUCAUCAUCGACGCCACCGCGACAGCAAAAGCAGUAAAACUCAUGCCACUUCCGGCUUGACAAUGCGCGAGUCAAAAGGUGGCAGUCGCAAAAACCAGAUAACACUCGCUUAGUAAAAACAAAGAAGUAAAGUGAGAAAUAAAAAGAAGAUAGUAAAUAAGAAUCAUAAUCCUAGGUAACCUUGCGCAAGAUGCAUCCGACAUCCCUAUCUCCCCAUAAAUUUUCACGUCCAAUAUAAGAGAAAAGCCGCUACCGAUUAUUAAGCGGAGAUACCUCUCGUCCAGUCUGUAGGAUAAUCUAGUAUCUCGCUCGGCUUGAAGAAAUAGAUAGCAUUUGUCGUUACAGUAGUGACCGAAGCUUAUAUACAGAACACGAAAUCCGGCAGUACACGUAAAUACGCCAUUCGUGAUGGUUUGACAGCCUUUUUUUUUUUUUUAGAAAAACUGGCCAAUUAUGCAUAUUAUUGUAUCGUCCAGCGAGUAAUGAGAGACACGAAUCCGUACCUACGUUUAACGGGAUCGUGACCGUACCCAGUUUAUGACCAUUUUAAAAAUGCCUAUAAAUUCCUUAUACUCUUAUGGAAGAGAGAAGAGCGAUAACAGACCGCUGGAUUCUAACUAGUUACCCGGAUUCAUUAUUUUUGUAGUUUGGGCUUUUAACAGCGAAAAAAUAUUAAUUCAAAAACAAAGUAAUGUCGAAGGGGAUGCUCGUAACCGAAUGCGGUAGCCAGCGAGCGACCGCGGUGUAUAAAUGAUAAAUAUAAAGAUCGAUUAAUCGA